AUGAUAAACUCAAUUAAGAACUAAUUUAAACAAUAGUUGGAAUUACUGCAGGAUAAGAAGUACAAAAAGCCUGCUUUUGAGGCUUAUAACAUGAAGAGAGCCUUCGUUACUUUGGAUCAAGCAUUUGAGUAUGUUGGAGACAAUUCCAAAUAUUAAUAGAGGAUCACAUUAUUAUUAUGCAUUUAGUUUUUGUUUUACUCUUUUUUUGUAAUGGGUAUGCCCUAUUUAUUAUAAAAUCCCUCCAAAUACUGCACCGAUGGAAUUUGUAUUGAAUAUCCUAAUUGCAACAAUAGAAUAGAUAGUUUAAUUGGAUUUGAUAGUAUUGCGAAAGAAUUUGGAUUAUUUUGUAAUGGUAGAAAAGCCUUUAUAGCGGCAUUAUUUUUUGUUGGUUAAAUGUUUGGAGGAUUUACAUUUCCAAUAUUGGCAAAUAUUUUUGGAAGAAGAAAAAUUUUAUUAUUUGGAAUGACUUUAGGUGCAGUAUCAAUAUCUGUGGCUGCACUUUGUGAUAGUUUAUUAUCUCUUUAUACUUUAUUCUUUAUUGCAGGUUUUGGGUUGAGUGGAUAUGAGACAGUGGUUUAUGUUUAUAUUACUGAAAUCAGUGCAUUAAGAUUUCGAUCAAUUGCUAGUUCCUUAUUAAUUGUUGUUUGGAGUUCCUCAAUGCUUAUAUAUCCAUUUAUAGUUGAUAUUUUGCAAUCAUGGAGAUUGUUAAUGAUGUGGAGUAUCGGAGUUCCUCUAUUAGUAACAGUAGUAUUGGAUUACUUUUACUUUGUCGAAUCGCCAAGAUGGCUUAUUUCUAAAUAAUAAUAUGAUGAAUGCAGAAGAGUAUUUAGAUUUAUGAGUAUCUUUAAUAAAAGAAGACCAUUUGAAUUCAAUUUCAUGGAAGAAUUAGAUAAAUUCAAUAAUCGAUGUGUAAGAAUAGCAUCUGUCAAGAGAGUGGAAACCUAAAUUAAUUUAACACAGCAAUCUAAUUAGAAUGCUGGAUAUUGGGAAUUGAUGAAAAGAUCAAAAUUAUUAAUACAAACUUCGAUUCUAGUUCAGAUGUGGUUUUUGAGAUAUUUCACAUAUUAUGGUCUACAAUUCUCAGUAUCCACAUUCGGAAUAUCAAUGACUACUACAUUAAGAAUAUUGGCUUUAGUUGAAUUAAUGACUGGAAUGUCAAGCUUAUAUUUUAAGUUGAAAUAUCCUAGAAUCAUUUCAUUAUAGUUUUGUCUGCUUACAAUGAUAUUUAGUGCCACAUUGGCUUAUAUCGAUGUGCCUUUAGAGUGUUAAGGUUCUUUGUGUUGGCAAUAGAUUCUCCAUUUGCUCAGUGCUAUAUUGAUUAAAGCUAGCAUCACUAUCUAUAAUUCAAUGCUUAACACAUAUACUGGAGAGGCUUAUGUAACGACUGUCAGAUCAUAUGGCUAUGGGUUUUGCAUGACUUUUGGGUAACUCGGAAGCACAUUUGCUCCCUUGUAUGUGUCUUACAUGUAGGAGAUCUAUCAAUAGGCAAAUGCAAUUACGAUUGUUGGUAUAUUGGCAUUGAUUGCUCUUGGAUUGACAUGGUUUUUGCAUGAGACAUAUAAAAAGGACAUGUAUGACAACUUGACUGAUGAAGUUAUGGCAAACUAAACUCUUCCCCUGAUUAAUGAAAUCGAACUUGAACAAUUAAGAUGA